AUGUCAAUUUUAAUUAUUUUAAUAAUUUCAAUAAUUUUUUAUUUAAUUUUUGAUUUUUUAUAUAAAAAUUUUAGUAAUAGACAAUUUAAAGGACCCUUGGCAUUACCAUUAGUAGGUUCAUUAUUACAUUUAAAAGAUGAUACACAUUUAGUAUUUCAAAAUGAUAGUAAACUAUAUAAAGAUGGUGAUAACAAUGGUAAAAUAAUCAAAUAUUGGUUUUGUGAUCAAUUGACAUUGGCAAUUUAUGAUACAAAUACAAUGAAAGAAAUUUAUUUAAAGAAUCCAGAAUCAUUAAAUACAAGAGUUAAAUCACCAUCAACAAAUGUAAUAGGAAAUAGAUUUAGAGGUAUUGUCACUGCCGAUGAAAAUUAUUGGCAAUUUCAUCGUGAUAUUUUAAUGAAAUCAUUUACUGGUAGAAAAGUUAAAUCACUUUCAUCUUCAAUAGAAAAAGAAACAAUUGAUUUAAUUACAUAUAUGAAAUUUAUUGAAAAAUCUGGUCAAUCUUUUUCACCAAGAUCAAAUUUUAUGAACUUUUAUUCAAAUAUUAUUUUUGAUUAUGUAUUUUCAAGACGUAUUGAAAAUAUUUAUGAAGGUGUAAAUGAAGAACAAGGAAAAGUUUUAUUAGCAAUUAGAGAAUUAUUUGAUUAUUUAGCAGAUACAUUAAUUGUAAAUUAUUUAAUAUUUACAAAACCAUUCUAUUUUUUAUAUUUAAAAAUGUUUGGUCAUCCAGCAGAUUCUUUGAAAAAGAUUUUAACAAAAUAUUAUUUAGAACAUUCUGAAUCAAUUGAUUUAAAUAAUGCAAGAGAUGUUUUGGAUUCAUUGAUUAUUGAAUAUAGAAAAGUUGGUGGUAAAGAAGAACAAAGUUCAAUCAUCCCAAUGGUAAAUGAAUUAAUUUUAGCUGGCACAGAAACAAAUUCAAGUACUGCUGAAUGGUUCAUUUUAACAAUGGUAAAUAAUCUUGAUUAUCAAGAUAAAAUUUAUAAUGAAUUAAAAUCAACAUUGGAAACGACAACAGCGAUGAUUAAACUUUCAAAUAGAAAUCAAACACCAUUAUUUAAUGCAGCUUUAAAAGAAGUUUUGAGAUUAUAUCCACCUGUACCAUUUGGUGUACCUCGUCAAGUAAAUCAAUCAUUUGAAAUUAAUGGUGGAUCUUUGAAAAUUCCAAAAGGUACUCAAAUCAUUCAAUCACUUUAUUCAAUAUUUAGAGAUGAAAACUAUUGGGAUUCACCUGACCAAUUUAAACCAGAGAGAUUCCUUGAUCAAGAUUCUCAUUCAAAUAAUUAUUUUCCAUAUGGAAUUGGUGUUAAAAAUUGUAUUGGUAUGGGUUUCUCUCAAGAUGAAUUAUACAUUUCACUUUCAAACCUUGUUUUAAACUUUAAGCUAUUACCUUUAAUUGAAAAUUCAAAGAUUUGUGAUAAACCUAUAUUUGGUUUCUCUUUUAAACCAAACGAAUUUAAAAUUAAUUUAGAAAAAAGAAAUAAUUGA